CUGACACGAUAAGGAGAAGCGAAAACAGUCAAUGAAGUGAUACAAAAGAAGUUGAAUUUUAAAAAGUGAAGCUGAAUUUAACUGAUUCAAUUCAUUGACCUAAAGUAAUGUGUUCAAUUGUCGCUGAAUUGUAAAGAUUAAAAGCACUGUGAGAAACUUUCAAGCCUAUUUACGAUUGGAAUUGAGAAUUGUUAUAUAGUGGAGGAAAUUAAUAUGGAGGAACAAGGAGGAAUGAUUUUUAUGCACGUACCACGGUCCAGUGCAAGGAAUGUAAGACCCAGAUCGCCUUCACCUGGUCAGGAGAGGAAUUUAAACAUACUGCAUGAUAUCAACCGACGAUUCUGUGUGAGAUUCUCAAAUGAAGACUUGGGCUACAACGGUGAGGAAGACUCAAGGAGCUCCUCAACAGACUCAUCCUCAGGAGUGAACAGACACUCCACGGACUCAGAUGAGGGUGCCUCGAAUCUGGAGUUGCUCUGCAGCGGAAGCGAAACCAGUGGAGAUUCCACAGUGACCAACAAAUCGCCUAAAUUUCGCAUUCAUCGACGGUCCAUGUCUUCCAUCCGGCGUGCCCUCAAGAGUCUCUCGCUAUCUUCACGUUCGCUAUCUUGCAGCAAUACUGCCGAUCCCAAUGGACCUGCACUUCCGCGUAAGUCUGUGAAGAAGCUCUCCAUCAGUCUCACGCCAAAGAGUGGCGAGAAGUCGCCCCCGCCCAAGAAAAUCCUCCGCCAACCCGUGAGCUAUACUUAUCUCAAGGGUAUGUCUGGACUGCCGACCCAGAGGGUGCCCAGGUCCACCGUGUGUUCCCACUAUGCCCAUCGGUAAGCAGGCAGCGCGGGGAAGAGGUGAAGACAGGCCAAAGGGUGUUCUUUUCAAUGAUUUCUCAGCAUGAUUUAUUUUAAGACUCUCUGCAAGUACUUCGAAACAUGU